CAAGAGAAUGGUAUACAAACUUCAUUUAACUACCAAAAAUCUAGGUACGGCAUGGUUCAUAUAAAGACCGUCAAAUUGCGUGCCAACAACCACUAAAUAAUGUCCCAAAAAUCUACAACCCGACCUCCUCAUUGGGCCCGUCCAUCACACAACUUCACCACUCCACGACUCAUCCUCCGCAGUGCACUUCCUUCCGAUGCGCGUCCAUUCACAAUUGUGCGGAAUGAUCCUCAAAAUAGCCCUUUUGGCGGAGUCGUAGAUCCCGAUCUAUCAACCGAAGUACAGGCCCAGCGACUCGAGGCACAAAAGAUAUCAACAGCCGCGGGGAGAAAUGCUUGGCUUGUGGUUAUUCUCAAGGAGCGCAGUGAGGAAAUACCUAGAAUUAGCGAUAUAGAAAAUUUGAGAGUUGAUGAUGGUUUUCUGAUUGGUAUGACGGGAUUUAAUUCUUUCCCAGUGGAAGGAUCUGAUAAUGGUACGGGUAAAUAUAUUCUGGUUGGUGAUAUUGGGGUGUUGAUCGAUUACCGGUUUGCGAGAAAAGGAUAUGCGUUGGAAACUUUGUGUGCGGUGGUUGAAUAUGGGUUUUAUGAAUUAGAAUGUGGAAAAAUUACGCUCGAGACAUAUUCUAUCAAUGCGCCGUUUCGAGGUUUGAUGAAAGCGGCGAAGUUGGAAGAUAUUGUGGUUUUGAGAAGGAUUGGUGAUGGACCUCCAGAUCAGGAAGCAUACUAUGAGUUUGAUGAGCAGAAAUGGGAGGAUGCGAAGAAGGAAAUGGUUAGGGAUGAAAAAUGGCCAUUGUAAAUUCUUGAGUAUCCCUGGCGAAAAGCCUUCUUGAAUGCCUUGCACAAUUAUCAUAUAGUGCGGUUUCAUUUAU